AUUGCAUUUGUGCGGUGGUCAAAAGAUAUUUGCUGGCGCCUAAUUUUGUAAUGUAUUAAAUUACUUUACUGAGUAAAUACAGAUUUUAUAUCAUAAAUAGCUUUCCUGAUGAGUGUUCUUUCUAUUUAUUUAAAACUUAUUAGGAGUUGAGAAAGUUGUGUGUAAUUUCUUUGGAGAAAUAGUUUCGACUUCCACCAUUGAAAUAACCAAGUGGUGAACCAAAAAGCUUCACCAACAUCGUACCACUGAUGGGAGUGUAGGACAUGGAAUGUAAAUUUAGUACAUUAUGAAUGGCACUAUGGAUGAGCCUGUGGAUCCAUCAUUUUCAGAAUCACCUGAGAAAGAGCUUAAUCUUAUAAAUACGACCGGUGAAAACAUUGAAGACGGCUUGAAUCAUUGCAUGAACAGCAACAAUACAGAGAAUAGCAACCACUUAGGUAGUGAGUCCAGUCCAAGUGCUUGUGUCCAGAAAAAUACAGUUACCAAUGAUAAUAGCGAUGACAGUGAAAAUAAUAUAAAAGAAUCGCAGAAGGCUAAUCCUGCGAAGCCGAAAGAUACAACAUUGUCAGAACACAAAUAUGGCAAUAAUAGCCCUGUAGAUAAUCACUGCAUUAAUAGUAAUGAAUCAUAUGCAGAGUCCACAGGUAGUGCAAAAGAAAAGUCUGAAUUAGAAGAUCAUAAUGACCAUGAAAAUGAAUCUAAGGACCAUGUUAAUGUUCCAAAUGCUCAUCCUGAGGAAACUGAUGAAGUGGAUUCUGAAGAGGACUCUUCAGAUGAAGGAUCAGAAAUAUCUACUUUACCAAGAGCUGAGGAUACUGUGAGUAUCAACUCUGAUUCUGAUGGAGAGGGUGGAGAUGAAACUUCACAAGAAAGCACUGCUAAAAAUAAAAGCACUGAUGUUAUCAUAAUAGAUAAUGACAAAUUAAUAGACAACCACAAUGGUAAUUCUGAAGACUGUCCCAGUCCAGAGAUCCAUGAAAUUGAAAGUGAUAAUGACGAUGAUGAUUGUGUUGUAGCUGAAGAAAUUAAACCCAGUCCAAAGGUAAAUAAAAAAAAUGAUAAAAAUAUGCAGUUGCGCCGUAGCAGUAGAUCAAUUAAACGUAGAAAGUAUAGUGAUGAUUUGGGGAAUGGUAAUGAAUCUGAUGAUAUUGAGGAAAUCGAGUUAGAAGAUCCGUUAACACGAAAAAAACCUAUAGUUAUUAAUGAUACUAAAGGUCUAGUUGAGAUGGCCAACAAACAGGCAAAAAUGAACCAUGGCAAUCGUCAAAAGAAGGAGCCGACUGUAGUCAUUAUAGAUACAAAUUCUAUUUUAGCUGGAAAAAGCUCAAAUCAACAGGGUAAAAAUUCUAACACGUCUAUGAGCUCCAGCAUGACUGCACAGAAUUUGUAUCAAAGCAUAGUUGCUCGAGGCACAACUGUUACUCCGGUGAGUGGCAAGACUACCACUAGUACUACUUCUACAGGGGGUAUACAGAUUGCACAGCCGUCUAUAUUACCUUCAUUAACAGAUGAUAUGUUUGUCGUUGAAGCACCCUCUUUUAUAGUACCUUAUGUUUACGAGAAACCGUCAUUAAAGCCAUUUAGAGAAUUUGUAGAUGUAUUAGGUAAAGAACUUGAAGAACAGAGAGCCAAAGAAGAAAAAGAACAUAUUGAGAAAGAAAAGCUAGAAAAAGAAAAAAGACAGAAGGAAAAGCAAGAGAAAAGAGAAAAAGGUGAAGAAGUUGAGGACUCUGAAGAAGAAAAACCUGUUGAAAAAACAGAAGAAACUGAAGAAGAAGAAGAAAAGAGAAAGAAAAAAGAAAAGAAGAGAGCUCGAAGAAACCGUACAAAUGAUGAUGAUGACGCAUCUUGGGAUGGAGAAAGUUCUUCAGACUCUGAUGAUGAUAUAAUAAGUGAUGAUGAUGUAAAUAGCACUGUUGUCAUUAAAGACAAAGCAGACUCUAUUGAAGAAAUUAAGGAUGUUACUGAUUUGACAGUAGAGAAAGUUUGCUCUGGUAAAUCAGAUAAUUAUUUUGAUUGCUCACUAGGAAAGUUUUUUGUCAACAUUGGGUUGAAUCUUGUACAAGAAUAUGUACAAAAUGAUUUGCUGAAACAACAGAAUCGCAAGCUUUAUAGAGAGAAAAAGUCUGGACAUAAUACAAAAGCAACACAAACAUCUAUUGCUUCACUUAUGAAGAAUGUAGAGUUUAGUAAAGAAAAUAAUGCCCCCUACACAUUUACACAAAAGAAAUGUGAACAUUGUAGUUUUAAAACAGAAUCUAUGCUUGUUAUGGCUCAUCAUUUAGAGACUCCUCAUAUGAAAAAUAAUGUGUACAAAUGUAAUUAUUGUACCUUUGAAAUUAAAAGCCCUCAUGAUAUUUUGUACCAUAUGGAAGCAGAACAUAAUGUAAGAGGUAAAUUAGAAAGAGCACCGGCAUACCACCAGUGUGCAAAUUGUCCAUUUGAAGAUAAUGGCAAGGGCAAGCUGGCCCGACACUUAAUCCCUUGUGCUAAGAAGUUUAAGCCAGAAGUGAACCUGGCACCACCAGUAGAAUGGGAGCCACCAGCAAAAAUACCAAAGAUUGCACGAUCGCGUAACAACAUGAUGAGUCCUUACCAAAACGCGUUCAACCGUUCCGUCGGCAACAACAUGGGCCGGCCGUCUCUGAACAUGGGUAACUUGAUGGCGGGCGUAACCUCCCAGUACAGGCCCCGCGGGCGCUCCCCCAUGGCCCCUGCCCCGCGAGGGACCCCAAUACAAGGAAUCCCCAUCCUCCGCGGUGGAGUCAUGAUAAGGAACUCUACAUCUCUACAAAAUAAUGGAAAAGCCAAAUCAACGCACCAACCAUCUAUCUCAAUAACCCCGCUUCCCCGCCACGCAGCGCCGGUACUCCCACAACCCACAUCGCAACAGUCGAAGAGUGCCUUCGUUAUCUGUGAAAUUUGCGAUGGCUACAUAAAAGACUUAGAACAACUGAGGAAUCAUAUGCAAUGGAUUCACAAAGUCAAAAUCCAUCCAAAAAUGAUAUACAAUAGACCACCCUUGAAUUGCCAGAAAUGUCAAUUUAGAUUUUUCACAGACCAGGGACUAGAGAGGCACUUGUUAGGUUCUCACGGUCUAGUUACCAGUUCAAUGCAAGAAGCUGCAAACAAAGGAAAAGAUGCAGGAAGGUGCCCUGUUUGUGGCAGGGUAUACCAGUGGAAAUUACUAAAUCAUGUUUCAAGGGAUCAUAAUUUGACUUUGAAACCGGCACAUCUAUCUUACAAAUGUACGGUCUGCACGGCAACGUUCGGCAUGUACAAACAGUUCGAAAACCACGUGUAUUCUGCGCAUAGCGUUGUUGCCAAGCGAGUUAUGGACAAGAGUAAGCCAAGCCCGCCGGCGAAGACUGGUGAUACCCUUCUCAAGCCUUUGAAAAUUAAUGAUGAGAUUACAAUCAUCCCUCAACCGGCUAAAGCCGCUACCCCUGCAUCGACUAAAGAAAAAUAAGGUGUACUGUGUGGAGGUGGGAGAGGAUCGGGGCUGCUUUGAGGCCUCUUUCCGCACCGCAAUCACUAACUUUGAUCGUUUACCAUUCUAUAAUUAGUGUACAUUCCGAUCAUAUAAUAAUGAUAGCCACUGUCACGAAAUCGAAUUAGCAAUGUUUAAUAUAUACGAGGUUUCUAUAGUUCCAAGUGCCGACGAAGAUAUGGAGGUUCCAAAGGAACUAUACACUGCCCGGGCUUUAGAAGCCAGUGAUAUUAAAAACAAGAUAACUUGUCGUAGUCCUAUACUUAUUCAUAGUUGUACCAAAAAUGUUGUCGCAAGAUACUAGUUAUAUGGGCAUUGGGAUCAUUGUAAUUAAUAUUUUAACUGUAAAUUAUUAUAUCUAUGUAAAUGUAAUAUUGGAAUGUAUACUAAUUGUAAGUAACAUUUUACAUUACACGAUUUUGUAGGAACCUCUGCAGAUUACUAGUGCAUAGUGUCUGCGUUUUGUGAUCUAUUGUUUGUGGAAAUGAUUUCAUGUUCCAAGUUUAUGGAGUGUUACAAAUUACAAACAUUUGGUGUAGAUUAAAUAUGCAAGGUGUAACUUAAUAUUGGAUAUGGAGUCCGUCUAGUACUAAGUUCAGAUUUACUGAUAAAAGUAAAUGAACAUUAAGCGACUGUAAGUAAAGCUGUGUAUAUGGUACUAUAUAAAUAGUUUCAGACUGCAUUAAGAAGAUUUAGGUGUAAUUCCCAAUACUUGUUGGUUCACGUGACGGGCGUCAGUGUUGACCACUGGUGUAUAUGAAUAGUGUUGCAACCAAACCACAGAAUAUGUGUAUUGGAUUAUUGCAUUUGAUAUGUUUUCACACCUAUUUCCCGUCAUGUGAGCUUAAGCAGUUACCUUUUCAGCACGUAGCAAAAAAAUGUUUACAAAAGUAACAUAAAUUAACUAGUCUUUUUUUUAUAAAAUCGUCCCGAUUAAAUUCAAAUAGUUAUAGUAACUGAAAUACAAGGACGCAACGAGCAUGCUGAUUUCCUGGCGUAAAGGGCUCCUGUUUCCGAUGAUUUGGCACAGCCUGCUUUUAUAUUUUGUACCUAUAAUAUUAUAUUUAUCAUCAUAUGAUGUAGGCGAUUAAAUCUCGUUGAUUAUGAGUCGUUUACAGGUAGGUUUUUACGCGGUAUUAAAAUUAUAUUUUCUCUGUUCUUUUUGAUAGCUUUUCCACUCAGUAAAUUUUAAUAAGUAUAACAGGAUUGGCUUGAAUUAUGACAUUAUUGAAACGAAUAAAAGUGGUAAUUGAAAGUUAAGCGUAUUGAAAAACAUACAAAGCUAAACAUACCCAUAUAUUAUUUAUACAUUAAACUUCUUACGCAUAAUUCGUAGAGCCAAUUUUAAAUCACAUGUAUACGCGAAUUUUGCGAACUGCCUUUAUCCAAAAUAUACGCGACUACCCGUAGAAACUGUUCACUUUGUAAGCCGAUAUUAAAUCUAUAAGGUUCCGUACAAUACUAACUAGUAUUAAUUUAUCAUUACCUAAACUUUAAGGAAGUUUUAUACGGUAAUCCGUUAUUUGACAUAUUACUUUAGGAUACGAACAUGUAUCUUAGUCUAAUAAGCUACGGAAAAUUAUAUAUUGAUUGAAGACUAUUGAUUUAAAAUGUUCGACAUUUAAUACAAGUUUUAUACAUCCGAACUUUGUUGCUGAUUUCAUCUGACUCCAUAGCAGGCAUAAAAUUUAAUAUACGAAUCAUUUCACAAUUACACGAUAUCCAAGGGAGGAUUCCCUAUAUAAAAAUGUGUAGUUGCUACGAAAUAUACCAUUUGCAUAUACCAUUUCGGUAAAAUGAGAUUUCUAAACUAUACACGGUUAGUGAGCUUGCGAUUUUCAUUGAUACUACGAGCUAAACAGUACGGUUAUUACGAAGUCUACGCGAGUAAUGAAAAUGCUAUAAAAUCGUGAUGAAAAUGCUAUUUCCGAUAUAUACAGAGUAUUGUGGCAAAAGACCCUUGGCUAUAAAGUCGACAACGCGUUUGUGCAAUAUCCCUAGUGUUGCAGGCGUCCAUAAACUGCGGUGACCACUUGCCAUCAGGUUAACCGCAUUCUUCUUCUUCAACCGCAUACCUGUUCGUUAAUAUAAAAAACACAAUUAUCUAUGGCACACUGGCACCGUAUACAACGUAAAUACGCGAUGCGAAAUUAAGGCUAUAUAGUUACGAAUAGGAUUUAGUGAUUUUUCGGGAUACCCGAAACUGUGUAGACACCUACCUAUGUGGCACCUCAUUUAGUUCAAAAAUCUUGUUCAUAUCAAUGUAUAAAAAUAUAACGUACUGCAAUUUUUUUUAGUUGAUUUAAUGAGCAUACUGAUUUAAACAAACACCGUAAUCUGUUGACAAAUCUGUGUCCAAUUUUUAUUGUAAUAAACGACUUGCGCUAUAGUAAACUCAACAAAUUCGAUAUUUGUAUGUUCCUUGAUUUUUUAUUAUUUCUCUGAUUAAUAAUUUAUUAUUUAAUCAGAGAAUGGUCUCUAAAAAUUGGUAAAUAAUAAUUAGACUAGCUGCAAAUAAUAUGGGUCUCUUUUAACACGUAAUAUAAUGUUUAUGUGGUUACUGCGAUUCCUAAUUAGAAAUUAGGUCCCGCGAAUAUACAAUCUUGUCUUAGCCCGCUCAAGAUCAUAGUACAAAAAUUAGUACGAAUGUUCAGGUCCUUGGAUUGUAGAUGUGUAAUUAUGAGGUUUUUUCACAUCUGAUUUGCUUUUUAUUUAUUUAAAUUGACCGAGCAAUUUUAGUACCAUAUAUGGUAUUAACAAUUAUGUUAAUAGUUUAGACGACUAGCAUCUGAGGCUUUUCCGGUAAUUUGAUUCAAAAUAGAUUUUCAAUCUUGCCAGUACUAAAUUUUUAUUAAGUUAAUGAAUAUUAAGGCCUUUAUUUCAAUGUUGACUUUGUAUAUACAAUCUAUCCUCUUAUUAAAACUAUUUUCAAAUUAGGCCUGGAAUUGCUUAUUCUUUGUUUUAUCUCUUUCAAUGUCCAAUACUGAAAGGAGUUAGAGACACAAUGACACAAAUUCCAGGCCUACUCAGACAAUAUAUUUUAUUAGUAAGAUGAUACAUUUAUAAAACAAAUUAUAUUGUUGCAUAAAAUCUAAUAAACGUCGUCCUUACAGGACUGGCGAAGUUUAUAAGAUUUUCUGUUGUCCGUCUAUAACUAAUGCAAAAAGAAUUUUAUGAAGAUUUUAUGGCUAAACUUGUAUUUCCAACUGUUUUAUUUUCAUUGAAUAUUUUGACUAUAAUUCAUUGUUUAUUUAUUUUCAUUAAUAUUUUCACUGUUAUUCAAUAUUGAUUGGAACGAUAUAAUUUGUUGUUUAUUAAUAUUAUUUUAAAAUAAGUUAUUUAAUAACCGCAUCUUUUUGAGGUUAAUUUAAUUCUUUAAAUUGGGUUACGUCUGUAGAUGUAGUCGGACGAUGGGAAUUUAUUUUAUUUAGACUGACGAAAUAAGGUACACUAAAAGUUAAAAAUUGAAACAGUAUACAGAAUAUGUAAAUUGUACUUAGUUUAUAUAGUUAUUUGCACCGUAUUGGUUUUUGUAUUUGGGAAAUGUUUUUUUUUAAGUAAUGGAUGUCGUACGCGACAGUAAGAGAUAUGAAGUCCUAACAGCUGCAACUGCAACAAGAGCAUUCCCAAGGGUUACUGUGACGCACAGACUUGUCUACGUAACGCAGUUUCAAGCCAAAAUCUUAUAAAACUUUACUCGACAAGAUUUUGGCUUCUCGCGUGCUUUUUUGUUUAAUGUUGCAAAAUAAAAUAAAAAAUUUCAACUAUCGUUUACACA